GUCAUUUCUAUACUUCUCCAUCAAGUCACCUCCCCAAAACAGCCAGGAGCUGAGCGGCAAGAUAAUUUUCUACGGUUAAUAAGGACGCCGCUUGGGCGGUCGGCGGAGACACAGAUCAAAACAAAGAGCACGCACGCUUCCGAACCGACGUCCUCGCCGACGUCGCCUCGAACGUGUCCCUCACCGCCUCACGAGACCUCUCUCCCCAAAAUCCUGAACCUAUAUAAAUUUCCCGCGCCACCACCGGCAGCCCGCCUGACCCCGAGUCCCCGAGCCCCCCUGAUAUACGGCAGGCACGCAGCAGAUCGGCCGGGCUCGGCGCCAAGCGCGAUGGACUGCUCAUCCGGCGACGUGAAGGCGGAGACCACGCGGCCCGCGGCUGUUGCUGCCGCUGCCGCUGCCGCCGCCGGCGGCGGCACGCCUUCGCUGCUGCGGGGGUGGCGGGAGUUCCGGCGGAGCGCCGUGCCGGCGAGGUUCCUCUGCUUUGAGGACGGAAAGUGGGUCGAUGUCGCCGGAGAGGCGGCGGCGCAGCUGCGGCGGGCGUUCCAGGAGAGGAGGGUGAUGGCCGACGCCUCGUGCGGGGGCAAGGCGUACCUGUUCGACUUCCUCCGCAUGGUCAGGAUCGACGAGGCCACGGGCGAGGAGACCGGGCUGGCGUGGAUCGACCACCGCGGCGGCUGCUUCUUCCCGGCGCCCGCCGCUUGCGGCGGGGGCAGGAAGCGCGGGAGGGACGACGACGGCGCGCCGGCGGAGGACAAGGCCGAGGCCGAGUCGUCCUCGGCCGCCUCGGGCGUGGACGACCGCUCAGGGGGGGAGAGCCGCGGGGCAGACGCCAAGAGGAGGAAGGCAUUGGGGAACGCGGCGGCGAGCCUCGGGGAGAAGGACAGGUCCUACCAGGUCGUCAGCAAGCUGUUCCUCGAAUACGGGAUGGCGCAACGCGGCGCGGCGGUCACGGCGGUGCGCAAGGUCGCGUGCGGCGCGAGGGCCGCGGCGUUCCGGGACCAGGGGCGGCUCCUCGCCGACGCGCGCGGCGCCGCGGCCGGCUCCGCCAAGUUCGCGUGGUACGGCGCCUCCGCGGACGACGUGGCCGCCGUGGUGGACCGAGGUUUCGCGAGCAACAACGCGCCAAGGCUCGGCGCUCACAAGCAUGGCGAUGGCGUCCACCUUUCCCCGCCGCAUUGCCCUUACAGGAGUGCCACGCUGGCCAAGGCCGACGGGAGCGGCGAGGCGCACAUCGUGCUGUGCCGCGUGCUGAUGGGCCGGCCGGAGGCUGUCCCGGCAGGGUCUUCUCAGUCCUGCCCCAGCAGCCACAACUACGACAGCGCCGUGGACAAGCUGGACAAUACACAGUGGUACGUUGUGUGGAACCAGGACAUGAACACGAGGAUCCUUCCCGAAUACGUGGUCAGCUUCAAGUGCUCCAAGCUGCAGCUGACGCAAGAAUUAUCAGAAGCGACCUCAAAGCUGAAGAAGCCGUCACGAGUGGCUCGCGACAUGUUCCCGACGCUUCUUGCAGAGAUCGAGAAGAUCGUGCCAGACAAGUGCGAUCUGUUGCAGGAGUCAUACAGCAGAUUCAAGAUGGGUCGGAUUAAGAAAGACCAGUUCAUCCGAUUCCUCCGCAAUUACGUCGGAGACAAAGUGCUGACCACCGUGGCCAAGAAACUACGAGGAUGCUAAAUUUCUAGUGCGCGUGUCUCCUUGGUUUCGCCGUCUUGGUGGUGGCAUACGUGGUGGCUCUGACUACAGCGAUUCAAGCUUGUCUACGUGCUAGAUGUCUGCAGUAGUACCAAAUAGAGAUGAGGAGCUUUACUUCUGUUUCUGUUUAUUCAAGUUUCUGCCAAGGGCGUAUGCGUAUAGAGGCUUUGCAGCGAUGCUCUUCCAUUAACCAACACAAAGGAUAGGUGCAGUUUCUGAUCAUGAGACGUUUCAGUUCUUCUGUGUCCUGCAGCCUGUGGAUAUAAUCUGUGCAGACUGAAAUGAUUUGAUGAAACCAUUGUUGAACCGCCCAAUCGCUUCAAAGUUUUGCCGUUCAGAGUG